ACAUUAACCCAACACGCUGAAUACAGGGACAAAUGUAAAUGUGUAAAUACAGGAGGAGCUCUGACAUCACUGUAGUUCAGAGACAUUCAGAGAAAGUUAAACUAAAUUGAUCAACAAUAAUAUGGACGCCUGAAACGAUCAACUUUAAACAACAGAAUAUUUAUUGAGCCGUUCAAAGAGUCUUGUGGACACAUCUGAUCCUCACAGGCAUCAAGAGAGGAAGAGCAAUGGCAGAAUCUUCCUCAACAUCACCGAAAAUACGAGAAAGGACAGGGAGUGUGGAUGUUCCUCCAUCGAUGUCAUCCUCCAGCGGUCCACUGACUGAGGAGCUUCAGUGCUCUAUAUGUCUGGACGUGUUCACUGAUCCAGUCAGCACUCCAUGUGGACACAACUUCUGCAAGACCUGUCUGAAUAAGUGCUGGGACAACAGCCGGACCUGCAACUGUCCAUAUUGUAAAGAAACAUUCAAGAUCAGACCUGAUCUCAAGAUUAAUACCACACUCAGAGAGCUCGUAGAUCACUAUAAAAAGAAAAGUCCUAAGAAAAAACCUGAAGUUCUGUGUGAAAUCUGUGAGGAAAGAAAGCUGAAAGCCCUGAAGUCGUGUCUGGUGUGUCAGAGCUCUUACUGUGAAACUCACCUGGAGCCUCAUUUGAGAGUGGCAGGUUUAAAGAAACACAAACUGAUCAAUCCUGUGAGGAAUCUGGAGGACUAUAUAUGUCAGAAACAUGAGAGACCUCUGGAGCUGUUCUGUAGAGAUGAUCAGACAAUCACUCAGUUGAUGAUUCAAGACACGCAGCAGAUGAUCCAGGACAGAAUCGAGAAAAUUCAUGAAGUCAAACACUCAGCAGCAGUCAGAAAAAAUAACACAGAGAAGGAGAAAACAGCCCAUGUUGAGCUCUUCACUGAUCUCAUCCGCUCCAUUGAGAGAUGUCAGACUGAACUGCUGGAGAUGAUGGAGGAGCAGCAGAAAGCAGCAGAGAAACAGGAGGAAGAGCUCAUUGAAGAGCUGGAGCAGGAGAUCACUGAGCUAAAGAUGAGAAACACUGAGCUGGAGCAACUCUCACACACUGAAGAUCACCUCCACCUCCUACAGAUUUACUCAUCCCUGUGCAGCUCUAGAAACACCAGGAACUGGUCUGAGAUCAGUGUGAAGACUGAUGAGAGUCUGGGGACUCUGAGGAGAGCUCUGAUUCAACUGCAGGACACUCUACAGGGGAAACUCACGCAAACUGUCUCUACAGAGCUGAAGAGGAUGCAGCAGUAUGAAGUGGAUGUGACUCUGGAUCCUGAUACAGCUCAUCCUAAACUCAUCCUGUCUGAUGAUGGAAAACAAGUGAGACAUGGAGACAUUAGUCAGAAACUCCCAGACAAACCAGAGAGAUUUGAUACUGAUGCAUAUGUCUUGGGAAAGGAGGGAUUCUCCUCAGGGAGAUUUUAUUUUGAGGUGCAGGUGAAGGGAAAGACUGAAUGGAGUUUAGGAGUGGUCAGAGAAUCCAGUAACAGGAAGGGAUGGAUCACAGCAAGUCCCAGUAAUGGAUGCUGGACUGUGCGGCUGAAGAAUUGGAAUGAUUAUUGGGCCUGUGUUGGUCCUCCUGUCCCUCUGCCUCUGAGCGUGAAGCCGCAGCGGGUCGGUGUGUUUGUGGAUUAUGAGGAGGGUCUGGUCUCCUUUUAUGAUGUGGAGUCCAGCUCUCAUAUCUACUCUUUCACUGGUCAGUCUUUCACUGGGAAACUCUAUCCAUUUUUUGGCCCAUCCUUAAACUAUGCAGGUAAAAACUCAACUCCACUGAUCAUCACACCUGUCAAUUACAGUAAAUGAAUUUACACCUCUAAUUUGAAAUACUUGAUGAGAUAAUGCUUCAUGCAAUGAUGUUUAAAAACAUCAAAAAUAUUCUCAAAGGACUGGUUUACAUCAAAGUAAUUACAGCAUUGAUUAAUUGUUGUUUCUGUAUUGUGUCCAAUAUUAACCCUGCAUGAUUACCUCACCAUGUGUAACAGAUAUUUUUGAGUAUGAUUCACAAUUAAUUGAGUGUAACACUUAAAGGUCCCGUUUUUCGUGUUUUUUUGAAGCUUUGAUUGUGUUUAUAGUGUGCAAUAUAACAUGUGUUCAUGUUUCGCGUGUAAAAAAACACAGUAUUUUUCACAUAA